AUGGAAGUACAAAAUGAAGCAGUUAACAUUGAGCUCAAAUUCACAUGGAGGAUUGCAAACUUUUCUCAUUUGAAAGAGCUCAAACAUUACUCUAAAGUUUUCACAAUCGGUUCUUGUAAAUGGAAAUUGCUGGUUUAUCCCAACCGACUGUACAGUUGGGGAGAAACGUUUGUAUCGAUCUACCUGGUUGCGGUUGACCCAGUGGAUUCGCAAUAUGCGAAGUUCUUUAAAGAACACAAUUUCACUAAACUCGACGACAAAAAGGGUUUCUCAGAAUUUGUAAGGGUGAUUACACUUAAAGAUCCUGGUAACGGAUAUAUCGUGAACGACACUAUUAUUGUUGAAGUUCAGUUCACUUUAAAGUCGGCAGAAGAUUCUAAUAAGAGAAUCUGUGUGGAUCAACAGAAGAAGAAGAAUAAGCAGAUUAUUGACUUGGAAAGUAACCCUCAACUUAUAAAGAAGGUUGAUAAGCAAAAUGGCAACACCUCCAAAGAAGUUAUAACUUUGUUGUCAGAUGAUGAGGAUCAAGAAGAUGUUGAAUCAUUGGAGAAAUUGAAGUUGACAUUGGGAAGCGAAAUAGAAAUACUGAACAAAGAAAGUCCAAACUCGGAAGUGAUAUUGAAUCACUCAGAGAACGCGAAACUGCAAAGUGAUUUUGAAGUUCUCAACAAAAAACAAACUACGGUACAAGGUGAUAUUUGUUCACUGAAUGACAAGAGGAUUACCCUAGAAAAUAAAGUUCAAUCACUCAGGAAUGAUACUGAGUUGCUCAACAAGGAGAAGAAGAAAUUGGGAAGUGAGUUAAAAUCUCUCACCAAAGAGAAGUCCACAGCUGAGAGUAAUAUUUACUCGCUUAAUGAAAAGAAGACUAUUCUGGAAAGUGAAGUUACAUCUCUUAGCAAUGUGAAGACGAACAUUGGAAAUGAGACUGAUUUGCUCAACAAGGAGAAGAUGAAAUUGCUUAGCGAAUCCGAACUUCUUAACAAAGACAAGUCUGCACUAGAGAGUGAUGUUUGUUCGCUUGAUGAAAAGAAGACUGUCCUGAAAAGUGAAGUCGAAUCUCUUAGCAACAAGAAGACUGACAUGGAAAAUGAGACUCAGUUGCUUCGCAAGGAGAAUAUGCAACUGCGAAGUGAGUUUGAAGAUCUCAACAAAGAUAAAUCUACAGUAGAGAGUGAUAUUUGUUCGUUCAAUGAAAAGAAGACUCUCCUGGAAAGAGAAGUUGAAUCGCUAAGUAAUGAGAAGAUUGUCCUGGGAAAUGAGACUGGGUUGCUCAACAAGGAGAAGACGAAACUGCAAAGUGAUCUGCAGUUGCUCAACAAAGAAAAGUCUACGAUACAAGGUGAUAUAUGUUCGACCAAGAAAACCGGAACUAAUAUGGAAAGUGAAGUUGAAUUGCUUCGCAAUGAGAAGACUAAGCUGGGAAAUGAGACUUUCUUGCUUAAGAAGGAGAAGACGAAAUUGCAAAGUGAUUUUGAAAAAUAUAAGUUCACAGUAGAGAGUGAUAUUUGUUCACUUGACGACAAGAAGAAUAUUCUGGAAAGUGAAAUUGAAUCACUUAAUGAUGUGAAGACUGAAUUGGUAGCUGAAACUAAGUUUCUCACCGAAGAGAAAACUGAAGUAGCAAUUGAUGUUGUCCUACUCGAGCAAAAAAAGUGUGAAGUGGAAACUGAUUUUGGGUUUCUCCAAAAUAAGAAGAAAACGCUGCGCAGUGAUAUUGAGUCUUUGAACAAAGAGAAGGCUACACUAGGAACUGAUUUUGAACUCACCAAUAAAGACAAGGAUAAGUUGCGAAAUGAAAUUAAAUUUCUCAAUGAGGAGAAGGAUAAAUUGCAAUCUGAUAUUGAAUUUCUCAUUGCAGAGAAGACUGAAGUUGUUCCUUCUGCAAUAUAUGAAGUUAAUGAAUCUAGUAUCUGCCGAGAGAUGGCAGGAGCUGAGAAUAAAAAAGUGGUUGCCAGCGAAAGCAUUUACAUUGAACAGUUUCGGAAAGUUCAGCAAGAAGUUAUCGAGGAAAUGGGGUCAGACAAUGUAACCAGAAAUGCAGUGAUUGGAGUUAAAAAGAGAAAGAGUGGAGAUCCAGAGCUGAGGAAUUCCAGAGAGAAGAAGAGAGCCAUGCUGAAAGAAGUAAUUGGUCUCCAGUUGAACAGUACCGAUAAGUAA